AACUGUGUGAGGCUACUGGCUUGGUGACCUUGCUUUUCCUUGUCUGGUUGGGAGAUCCCCCUCAAGUUUGGAGCAUUUGUACAUGGAAUAUGAAGAGGAUGAUGAUAUUUUUUUUGCAAAAUGGAUGAGCAGCUUCUGGGGCCACAACUUGAUCGAUGAGAAUGAGAAAGAGAGUAGAGGCUACAAGAAACAUCAGACACGACUCUUCAGUGAAAGGAGAGCCUCCCUUCCGGCCAGGCUUUCCUCCCUCCACACAACACAACUUCAUGCUUCUACCAAAGGCUCAUCUUCAGGCCAUCUCAAGGGCUCCAAGGAAUUUCAAGAAGACCAAGAUGUCAAAUGCCACUGCCACAGGAAGGCAAGCAGAACACCUUCAGCAGACAGCUCAUGCCCAGAGACAAGAUCAAACUCCAUCCAGGAAUUUGCAGAGUCCUUUGAAAAGCAAUUGCAUCUCAAAAGCAAACGCUCAGUUUCUUUGCAACCUGAAGGCAUGAAAGAGAGAAGAGAAAGAUUGCAUUUGAGAAAGAACAAGUCUCACAAGAGAAUGGGAGAGAAAUUAGAGCCAAGGAGAGAGCAGAAAGAAGAUGGAGGUUCAGAAGUUGCACCUGCAAAACACAACAAACAGUUUCCAUCACAUGCAAACAUUGAGAAAGGAUAUUUAUGCACAGGCAGCUAGAAUGCAUUGAAGUAAUGCAUUUUAACACUCCCUGAAAAGCAGAGGGAGCAUUCUUUUUUUUGUGGUGACUAGAAGGCCUGUUAGCUAGAAGAAAUCCUGACCUGUAAAAUAAAAGUAAAAUUCAACUGCAUCAUU